CGUCGGCCCGCGGCCUUUCUCCUGUGGAGCGGAGCUGUGCGGGGCCGGCUCGGGAAGCGCCGCCGCUGGAGGGAGGCGGGUCCCCGGCGCUGCCUUCGGAGCCGCCCGGGGCCGAGAUGCGCCGGGCCCGCCGCGCCCUGUCCCCGGGGGCCCUGCCACGGCGGCGGAGGCCGGGCCGCCCUGCAGGAACAGGAAGGCUUUGGCUCGGUGGGUACCUGACUGAUUUUGUAACGGUGCCUUGAGAGACCAAGAACCUUGGUUUGAUUUCUACCGCUGAUCAUUCUCUGUUCAAAAGUAUCUCAGCAUGGGGAGGAUCAGUGUCUCCUGCCUGUUUCCUGCUUCCUGGCAUUUUAGCAUCUCCCCAGUGGGAUGCCCACGAAUUCUGAACAGCAAUCUGCGACAGAUCGUUGUCGUUGGCAUCCUGGCUGCUGCUGUCUCCUUGUUGUAUUUCUCUGUCAUCAUAAUCCGACAUAAGUAUGGGCGCUUGUCCCGGGAUAAGAAGUUUCACAGGUAUCUGGCCCGAGUGACCGACACUGAAGCUACUGACACCAACAACCCCCACAUCAAUUAUGGCGUUGUGGUGGACUGCGGGAGCAGCGGUUCUCGGAUCUUUGUCUAUUGCUGGCCCCGGCACAACGGCAAUCCCCACGAUCUCUUGGAUAUCAGACAGAUGAGGGACAAAAACCGAAAGCCGGUGGUGAUGAAAAUAAAGCCAGGCAUAUCAGAGUUUGCUACCUCUCCAGAAAAAGUCAGUGAUUAUAUUUCUCCACUUCUGAGUUUUGCUGCAGAACAUGUGCCGAGGGAAAAACAUAAAGAGACCCCUCUCUAUAUCCUCUGUACGGCCGGGAUGAGAAUCCUUCCGGAAAGUCAGCAAAAAGCCAUAUUGGAAGAUCUUCUGACAGACGUCCCAGCACACUUUGACUUUCUGUUCUCUGACUCUCACGCUGAAGUUAUUUCAGGGAAGCAGGAAGGUGUCUAUGCUUGGAUUGGCAUUAACUUUGUCCUCGGGCGAUUUGAGCACGUUGAAGAUGAUGACGAGGCAGUCGUGGAAGUGAAUGUUCCUGGGGGUGAGAGCCAAGCAGCUAUUGUCCGCAAAAGGACAGCGGGUAUUCUGGACAUGGGCGGAGUGUCGACCCAGAUAGCUUAUGAAGUUCCCAAAAGUGUAAGCUUUGCCUCCUCACAGCAGGAAGAAGUAGCCAAAAAUUUGCUGGCUGAAUUUAACCUGGGCUGUGAUGUCCAUCGAACUGAGCAUGUGUACAGAGUGUAUGUAGCCACGUUUCUUGGCUUUGGUGGCAAUGCAGCCCGGCAGAGAUAUGAAGACAGCAUAUUUGCCAACACCAUGCUAAAGAACAGGCUCCUGAGUAAGCAGACAGGCCUAACUUCUGAUACUCCGUAUCUGGACCCUUGCCUGCCCUUGGACAUUCAGGAUGAAAUUCAGCAGAAUGGGCAAACCAUGUACCUGCGGGGAACUGGAGACUUCACCCUGUGCCGGAAGACUCUCCAGCCGUUCAUGAACAAGACAAAUGAGACCCAGACUUCUCUCAAUGGAGUCUAUCAGCCUCCAGUUCACUUCCAGAACAGUGAAUUCUAUGGCUUUUCAGAAUUCUACUAUUGCACUGAGGACGUGUUAAGAAUGGGGGGAGAUUACAAUGCUGCUAAAUUUAUUAAAGCUGCCAAGGAUUAUUGUGCCACAAAGUGGUCCAUCUUGCGGGAACGCUUCGACCAGGGACUGUAUGCCUCUCACGCUGACCUCCAUCGGCUGAAGUAUCAGUGCUUUAAGUCGGCCUGGAUGUAUGAGGUGUUUCACAGAGGCUUCUCAUUUCCAGUUAAUUAUAGCAAUUUAAAGACGGCCUUGCAGGUUUAUGACAAGGAAGUGCAGUGGACACUGGGAGCAAUCCUGUACAGAACCCGGUUUUUACCUUUGAGAGACAUCCAGCAGGAGACCUUCCGGGCCAGCCACGCGCACUGGCGAGGCUUCUCCUUCGUCUACAACCACUACCUUUUCUCGGCCUGCUUCCUGGUCGUCCUCUUCUCCAUCCUCCUCUACCUGCUGCGCCUGCGGCGGAUUCACCGGCGCAAGCUGUGGAGCAGCUCGGCGGCCUCCCUCUGGAUGGAGGAAGGACUCCCAGCCCAGAAGAUUUCUGGAGCCUUGUGAGCCAGGGCACGAGGGCCUGGGGACUCGGAAAAGAAAAAGCCAUUUUUGCCUCAGGGGUUCUUCUCAUUUCUCCCUAUUUUUUUCUCCAUAUUUGGUCCCUCCAAAUAACAGCAAAACACAUUUUUAAAAGACCUGCCUUCCCAGCAGUCUGGUGUUUACUUAUUUUUGGAAACUGCUUAGGGACAGGAAGGUCUAAGGGCACUUUCCUACUGGGGCCGGGCUGGGGUAAGAGGAGCACCUUGGGAUUGAAGAAGACUUCCUGCUGCCGACGGAGAGGGACAGUCUGUAAUUCCUCUUCCUCCCACUGUGGAGUGAGCUCCUCAGCCUGACGAGGGAAAUGGGUGUUUGCUUCGUAUUUAUUUUUCAGGCCUGCUAUUCUGCAAUUUCAUUGAAGAUGUUUGAAAAUCCUGAGCCGCCCAAACAGAGGAUGGGGGGGUGAGGUGUUGACAGGCUUUAAAAUGGUAGUGAAGAGACCUAUAAAGUGUGAAAUGUCGAUUGACUCUUGUGUAUAGAUGGGGUGUGUGCAUGUGUGUGUGUGUGUGAGUGUGUGUACAAAAUUAUGAUGAAUUUGAGUGAGGAUAGAGAAAACCUGCCCUCCCCUGCUAGAACUCUUUCUUAAAAACAAAAGAGGGGGCAGCUAGGUGACGCAGUGGAGACAGCACUGGCCCUGGAUUCAGGAGGACCUGAGUUCAAAUCCGGCCUGAGACACUUGACACUAGCUGUGUGACCCUGGGCAAGUCACUUAACCCUCAUUGCCCUGAAAAAACAAACAAACCCAAAAGAAAACAAACUUUAAGACCACUAUUGUUUCAUUUGUGUUAAGAGAAGUCCCUCCCCCCCUCCCCUCCCCUCCAGUGAGAAGCUGCAAUCUUUCACUGACAGGGUGACCACCCCUUUCUCCCUCCUGUCUCCAUGUGCUGGAAGCUCUUUUAGUGCUUGGCACUCUGAAGAGUGAGGUGGUUAAUAACAGGGACCCGGCGUACUUAGAAAAGUCCUCUGUUUGUCUGGUUUCUUUGGCCUUGGUCACUUUUCCUCCUUUAAAUUGAUGCCUUGAGACUUGACUAAAAGUGGCCCUCACAAAAGCUCUGUUUGUAGAUAGAAAACAUCAGCUGGGCGGGGGUGGGGGGAGCUGGCUCUCCCCCUGUUGUAAUGAGGCUACAUCCGCAAAGCUCUUAGAGACCCAGGCAAGGAGAGUGUAGGCCCUGGCUUAGAGGGGAUGAGCCCACGGUCCAGAUGCUUCAGACAUUCUGAGGAAAAAAAUGGAUUUGAAGGAAAACCUGAGAAUGAAAACCAAAUUGAAACCCAGGUGGUGUGGGGCGCCUUCCCUACUGCACAAUCCCACUGGUAGAAACUGGGAGUGUUGGAGGUAGCAAAGUCUGGUCACUGCCCAGAGUGAAGAGUCUCUUGCACGGGAGGCCCAUCGGCAGGCAGCACAUCUCUGUUUUCUGUGUUGUCACUGGCUUUUCCUCUCCAUGAGUUUAAAGUCAGCUGAAAGGAUGGAAUUUUGCAAUUGGGCUGUUUGCCCAACAGUUUGAGAACUUUCAAGUCAGGUUUCCUGAAACACUCUGUUGUCAAAAACAUCAUAUGAUGAAAUAUUGCAGAGGACACAGUCUUCCCUCCUGAUGUAAAUUCUCUAAAGACGGAAGUCCCCCAAAUGCAAAAGUGACUAGAACGUUCGCCUCCAACACCCCCCACCCCCAGUUGAAGGGUUGGUGAUUGCUGUGCAUUUCAUACUGGAGAGAACUCAGGGAUACUUCCUCAUGGUACCUUUAGAUUUGGCUUCAGAAAUGCUGGUGCACCUUUGGACCUUUGACUCGUGGGGUGCAGUCUCCCUAGUAAGGGAGCAGUGGGAUGAUUAGGUCAGCUUGGAAGGAGGUGGUCCCCAGAGCUGAAGCUGAGGCUAAUCAUCCCACCAGCAGAGCAGACAGUUUUCUUCCUUCCAUGAAGAAGGAAGCGGGGUGGCUAGGUGGCACAGUGGAUAAAGCACUCGCCCUGGAUUCAGAAGGACCUGAGUUCAAAUCUGGCCUCAGAUGCUUGACACUAGUUGUAUGACCCUGGGCAAGUCACUUAACCCUCAUUGCCCCGCAAAACCAAAACCAAAACAAAAAACUACCAUGAAGAAGGAAGAAUGUCAAGGACUUUUGUGGGUGCAUAGCAAUAGCCAAGUCCAGAUGUGGCCACAGCCUGCCUGCUCUUUGGUAUCAGUUGUGUCCGUCCCCAAGGGCUUCAUUCUUCUACUGACCACGGGGGUGUGCCAUGGAAUGCAUUUGCCAGUGAAACCUGAGCCUUCUGGUCCUUUAGUUAUCAAAUCCCUAUUUGGGCCAGCAUCCAAGACGAACAUGUCUAUCAAGGUUUGCUUUUAUCAGGAAGGUCCUGCCUGGAGCAUCCAUGCUUCACAUAGAUCCAGCUGAAGGUGGAAACUUGGGCCUAAGUCAGCCAGCGUUCCAGUGCCCUCCUCUGAGAGGCCAGGCCUAAGCAUUAUUUCCUCCUGGCUUUCACUCCCUAACUUUGCUCCUUGGUUAUUUUCAAGAUGGAUUUCCUAAGAAGGCAGGAAGCGCAUAGCAAAAAGUGAUUUAUUUCCUUCUAAUGACAUUUAAAAAAAAAUAGAAUGGAGUAUUUGGUGAUUGGAAAAUUUAUCAGUUCCCUUGUGCCAAAUAGGAAAUAUUACAUUCCAAUUCCAGUGUUUUUUAGCAUUAUCGGUAGAAGCAAUGCUCAUUUCCCAUUGGCCUCACUCACAUUGCAAAAAAUCUCUUUAAGGGUCUAAAGUUCACUAGGUCUGACUGGUCCAAGGCUGGUGAGUGUCACCCUACAAGUCCCAGCUGUGGUUUGUUUAUGACCUUCUGGGGUCAUCAGGCUAUUAGCAAACACUUGUGAGUUCCUGAUCCAUAUAGCUCUAGGUUUUGCUAUUUAAGAAAUGUGAUUUUCCUGUAGAAAUUCCCACCAACAUUUAUUUACAGAAACCUUCAGUUAGUGGUCUAUCAUGCUGUGUCAGAAGGAGGAUUGGCAGUGAGGCCCUGUUUUGCAAACAGAAUAAAAGGCAGACUGAGCAGGGAGGAGCAGAGUUCAAUAGGAGGGGAAUGACAGCAGCCAAAGAAUGGACAAAGCACCUUGGGCCUGCCAUGACCCCACUUCAGUCCUGUUGUGGAGAGCCCUUCUGGGAAUGUGGUUUCUGAAGCCGACAGGGCCAUGCCAGAGGUUUGCUUUAUGUUCCGACCCUGGGUGGGGAAUCGUGAAAAAAAAAAAUCGUUUUACAGCCACCUUAGCUUGGCCAUCGAAGUGUGGUAACAGAUUUAUAAAGUGGUGAGAUGACAUUUCCCCCCCUCUGACCUGCUGGCUGUGGUGUAUUUACAUUUCAAAAUCAAGACAAUUUAGGGUACAAGAGUAACACUUGGGAGACUAAAUGACAAAAAUGGGUUUUCAAAAAACAACUCCAUCUUUGUGUGGUAAUGUUCAAUGCCAUGAAAGUACGUUAGGUAUUUGGCUAUUUCUGUCUGUGACUCGGGACACUUGGUGCCAAUGCUACCAUCUUCUUACUAUUAUAAGUGAUGUGACUAAUAAUGAAGAAGAAUUCUGGAGCCUGGAGCUGAAAUGGUAGGGUUUUACUGUUGGGAAUUGUAGACAAUGAGGGGAUGUGUUUAAAUUAAACUUGUUCUUUAUCAAAUUGAUGUUUCCUUUCAAAGUCAGUAAUCCUUGUUUUAGAAAACUUUGAGGUGGGAUCUCCACUAAAUCCCUGUAUCCUUUCAUUUUCCAUAUUGUAGCAGCCCCGUGUUGGCACACACGAAUGAAUGGACAUUGGUGGAUGCUGAGAAUAAAGCAGAAGUUCAUGUCAUUA